AUGGGCGAUGAGAGUAACGCGAUUGGGCAAGAGGCCCUGUUGUACGACAAGAUGUUCCGUGUCAUGCGGACCGUGGGGGAGAUGAUGUGUGACAGAAAAUACCAGGUGGCCGAUAAGAUAAUUCCGAGUUCUGUGGAGGAGUUUAAGGAUUGGUACACGGACCCACGAGAAGGGGUAAUUUACCGCGACCGCAUGACGGUCCCGUGCGAACGCAUCGGUGUUUCGCAGCGUAGCCGUGCCAUGGUGUUUUUUUCAGAGGGACUUUCCAUGGAAACGAUGAAGCGGUAUCACACACAGGCGUCGGAGGCAAACUGCGAUCGCGUUAUUAUUGUGGUGCAAGGAAGGAUAAAUGCAAUUGUUAAACGGCAUGUUGAGGAUAUCAAUCGAAGCAGCCUCGGUUUGAAAAUUCAGCUCUUUGAUGAAGAUGACCUUGUGGUGAAUAUCACACACCAUGAGCUGGUGCCAAAACACACACAACUUGAGGAUGAAGAGGUAAAGGAGAUGCUGCAGGCUCAUGCGCUGGAGUUAAGUGCGCUUCCGCGCAUUCUCUCGACCGAUCCCGUUGCGGCGUAUUUGGGGUUGGAGCGAGGGCGUGUUGUGCGGAUUGAGCGAAAGAGUAUGUCGGCGGGCUUUUACGUGACCUACCGACAGGUGGUGUAG